AUGAUGCUCACACUGAAGCAGCAGCCAGUACACUACGGCUACCGCCCCAUCCAUGAUUUGCCGACUCCGCCCUCUACGUCCCGAUCAUCGCCGCCGGUGACUGUACAGGAAACUACCCAGAAGCCUCUUCCCGCCAUUCCCAGGAAGAGCAGCCCAGCCCAGGGAAUGUCGCAGCAACCUCAUCGAGGACUGCCUUUACCGGCGGCAAUGACAUUGCCCCAACCAGCACCACCACAAGGACAGAACCACCCCCCGGGUCCACCUUUGCAUUCUCAGGCACAGCAGCAACAACAACAACAACAACCGCCACCACACCCUCCUCUUUCGCAGACGCUAGGUGCGUUGCCAGCACCACCGCAAUGGCAGGGGCCGGGUUCAGACGAGUCCAUGAGAAAUUGGCUGAUAGCCAAGACGGAGGAAGAGAGAAGGAGACAGGAAGAAGAGAAGACGCGGCAGGAAGGAUAUCGGUUGGAACAGAGAAAGCUCGAGCACGACAUGUUGCGAACGUCGCUGGACCGAGGUAUUCCUCCGCCCAUGGUGCCCGUAGUGUUCGCUGGGAUGAGCGGAGGACUGCUUCCCCAGGCGGCCUUGGAAUUUGCGCAGCAGUACCUAGUACCACAGCAAGGGCACCCACCGCAGCUGAUGCCAGCCCAGGGCCCUCUGUCGCCCGAACACCGGAGGGACUCGCAGUCGCAGCAAUACGCCUCGUACGCCGGCUCUGUCGGGGUGCCGUCUACCCCAGGCUCGGGUCCGGGUCCUCAAGGCGGGUUUGUGCCGUACCAGGGCCCGGGCUCGCCCACGAGAGCAAGAGCGCACACCAUGUCCAUGGCAGGGCAGGUGGGCCGAUCCCUCGGCAGCUCCCUGCCGCGCCUAAGCACCAACGAGCCAGGAGUUCCGCCUCACGGAGGGCACCCUCUCGGCCAGCAGCAGUCGGCACAGCAGCAGGAGACGCAGUCGCCAUCUAUCUACUUCCAUCACUGGCAACCACCGACUUCGCAGGCCAACGCGAGCGGAGGCUCCAACCAGCCCGCGACGCCAUCCGUGGACUCGCCGAGGAAGCGCAAGGCUACUGGGCCGCAACAACCAGCGCCUCUGCCCAGCACCCAAGCCAGAUACCGAUCGCCGCCGUUCAACCCCUCUGUUGGCGGUGGCGGGCCAUCGACCCUUGCCAACCCGCCUCCCGGUCGUCGGCGCGGCCAUUCGCGUCAAAGAAGCGAUUUGGCGUCCUACAGACCCCCGGGUCGCGGACGGGGCGACAGCUUUGGUCCGAAUCGGGGCAUGUCGCCCAGCGUCCACACGCCACGAGAAGCUGCACCAGCGGCAGCAUCUGCACCCUCAGCAACCGAAACAUCAUAUCAACGAUCAGGUGGCCACUCAGUUUCGUCGCUGCUGUCGGAAGAACCGUCGCCGCAUUACGCACCGGAGAUGAGGAGUCAGCCGCAGGGGGAAGCCGAGCGAAGACAAUCCCCGACGUCUUCCGAGGAGAGAUCGCGUGGUGGUGUCGCGGGAUCAGCGCUUCCGCGCGAGCGAGACAACGAGUAA